AUGUAUCAUGCCACAUCAAACGAUAUGACACUGCCACAGGAUAAUUUGAGGACGGCAUCUGGGCCUAAUACGCCGAAGCCAGACUAUCCUGGUCCAAAACCUAUCCCAAACCCAGACCCUCAACCUAAUUGCCGUUCAGCUUCAUGCUACAUCGACCUAAGCAAUAUCAAGUCCAAAUUUCCCAAUCUCACGGCUCUGCCUCGCCCGGAGCCUAGCCAGAGCAGAGCAGCCGAGCACACUCUCUGGAAGGCUGAAUUCGAGCAAUGGGGUGGCCUCCAAUGCGGCUGUGGAAAUGGAUAUUUUUGCCGUGAGCAUGGAGACUGGAUCUCAGGUGGCGAGGUCCGGCACGGACACGCAUUGCCUCGUGGCGAUCAGAAGAAUGGUUGCUGCCCAACACACCACUAUCAAGGCCCUAGUGGAAGAGACAGCUACGUUGGUCAGAGGGACGGGGCUCGAUCUUGA